GACAACGAGGCGGAAAACACCGACCCAGAGGUACUGGACGACACGCUCGACGACACGCUCGACCAGGUAGUGGACGACGGGGUAGUGGACGACGCGCUCGCGGUAGAGCACGACGAGGUAGUGGACGACGUGGUAGUGGACGACGAGGUAGUGGACGACAGCGAGGUAGUGGACGACGCGGUAGUGGACGACGCGGUAGUGGACGACAGCGAGGUAGUGGACGACGCGGUAGUGGACGCACCGACCCCAGUGAAGAAGGCGGCAACUCCGACCCCGGUGAAAAAGGCGGCAACUCCGACCCCAGUGAAGAAGGCGGCCACUCCCACCCCAGUGAAGAAGGCCGACGGCGGCAACUCCGACCCCACCGAAGGCGGCAACUCCGACCCCACCGAAGGCGGCAACUCCGACCCCACCGAGGAAGGCGGCAACUCCGACCCCACCGAAGGCGGCAACUCCGACCCCGCCGAAGAAGGCGGCAACUCCGACCCCGCAGAAGGCGGCAACUCCGACCCCGCCGAAGAAGCGAAGGAGGUGGCGACCCCACCGAAGGCGGCGACGGCCGAGAACAUGCUGUUCUACGGCAGCUUGCUCGGCAAGAAGCAGAAGAGCUCGGGCAGCCGCAAGAAGGACAAGAAAAAGAAGAAGAAGAAGAAAAAGGAGUCGGCGGCAGCGGUGCCGUCGGCGUCAGCGGUGGUGCCGUCGGGGCCGCCUGAACCAACGCCCUCGCACGUGCCGUCGUGGCUCGACCCAGACGCGGCAGCUAAGCGCUCGGCUAGGAAGAGGCCCGCAGGUGCGAAGGCCGUCGCCGACACCGCCAAGAAGAGGCCCGUAGGUGCGAAGCCCCCCGCCAGGAGCCAGGAGCUCGCAGGCGAGCUCGCAGAGCCGUCGGCGGGGGGCGAGCUCGAGGGCGGGCUCGAAGCCGACCUCGAGGGGGAAGAUGAGAACGAGGACGCCGACCUCGACGACGUCGACCUCGAGGGGGAAGAGGAGGAGGACGCUGAGGGCGACGAAGAGGCCGACGAGGAGGAGGUGGCCGACGAGGAGGAGGCGGCGCCUGAGGCCGACGAGGAGCUCGCUUGGGCGGACACCCCAGAUGACGGUCCAGGCGAGACGACGCGUGAGUUCGCGCACAACGACGGGGCGAUCUACGUGGUCUACCAGCAGCAGAGGAACAGCGAGGGCUUCUCGGCCGUGUGCGUGUACCCCAAGGACGGUGGCACGAAGCAGAAGAAGCAGGCGUGCCAGGUGCGCGACAACAUGUGGGGCGAGGGCUGCAUGGCCAAGAUGGGCGUAGAUAGCCAGCGCACGUGCUCGAAGCUGGUGGCCAACUACGUGGUCUGCGGGAUCAGCAAGAAGAAGAUCAAGGAGUCGGCGCAGGCGGCCCAGGAGCGGGACCGCGUUCUGGCGCAGCUCGGCGUCGGCCCCG